ACAAGGAAUCUGCUUCUUGUGAGAAAUUCAUACCAAACGUUACCAAUCCGGAUAGCUUCUGCGCCGACUCCAUCGUUAAGGAAAUUGAACUUUGAUCCAGACUUUCAAUUCUUCGCUUUAAAGCUUCAAGGUCAUCGGAUAUAAAUGAAGUAUCUGUAUUUUUGUAUUAUGCUUAAUGUUGCUGCGACUUUCGUCAACGCAGACAAUGUGAAAGCGGCCACAGUGUACUGGGAUGCUAAAGAGAAGACUGUCCUGCUGAAAGAAGGAGUAUUGGAAAAAGAGGGGGACGCAUAUGGAUACUUCAACGACAGCCUCUCUCAAACGGGCUGGAGUGUACUGGAGAUCCGUGCAGGUUACGGGGACACUCGUGAGCAGGACGAGAUCACCUACUUCCUGGCUGGAUAUCUAGAGGGCUUCCUAACUGCACCGCAAAUGAUUAGUCACUAUGCAAACAUGUACCCCCAGCUGAUCACAGGACCCGAAGUCUUAAGUCUAGUGGAGAAGUUCCUUACGAAGCAGAGCACAUGGACCAGGCAGCAAGUGAAACUGAACAGGACUACUGAUCCCCUGUGGCACCACACCGGAUUCAUAGUUGCCCAGAUGGACGGAUUACAGGCGGGAGUCGCAGACUGGGCCAAGAAGAAAGGGGAAAAGCCUCUGUCCCUGUUUGCUGUCCAGUUUCUGAAUGCGGUUGGAGAUCUUUUGGACUUAAUUCCAACCCUGGUCCCUGGUUCUGAGCUUCCUCUUGGAGGUUUCAAAUAUCCAGGAAUGGGCCACUGCUCUGCCCUCAUUAAGAUGCUUCCAGGGUUUGAGAACCUGUUAUUUGCCCACUCCAGCUGGUACACCUAUGCUGCCACCAUGCGCAUCUACAAGCACUGGGAUUUCAACAUCAGUGAACCCAACACUGCCACGGGCAAGCUGUCCUUUAGCAGCUAUCCAGGCUUCCUGGUGUCUCUGGAUGAUUUCUACCUCCUGGGCAGUGGCCUGAUGAUGACCCAGACCACCAACAACGUAUUCAACGCCUCCCUCUUCUCCCAGGUCACGCCCCAAAGCCUGUUGGCUUGGCAGAGGGUGCGUCUGGCCAAUGCCCUGUCACACACUGGGAAGGAGUGGGCCAGCACCUUCUCCAGAUACAACUCUGGCACCUACAACAACCAAUAUAUGAUAGUGGAUAUGAGAAAAGUGAACCUGGGACACAGUUUGGAAGAGGGUGCCCUGACAGUGGUGGAACAGAUUCCUGGUCUGGUGGAAUUCUCUGACCAGACUCAGGCCCUGCGCAGGGGCUACUGGCCUUCUUACAACGUGCCUUUCCACCCCCGGAUUUACGCCCUCAGUGGCUAUGGGAAGAUGUGGGAGGAGUACGGGGAAGACUUCUCCUAUGAUCUCUGCCCCCGGGCCAAGAUUUUCCGCCGGGACCAGGCUGAGGUCAAAGACCUCGACUCCCUCAAACACAUUAUGAGAUACAAUGAUUACAAAAAUGACCCCUACUCCAAGGGUGACCCAUGCAAGUCCAUCUGUUGCCGGAAUGACCUGAGGCAUCAACACCCCACACCAGGAGGAUGCUAUGACACCAAAGUGACUGAUUUCCACAUGGCCCAGCAGUUCAGGGCGGAGGCAGUCAAUGGCCCCACAACUCAGGGGGCUCUCCCUCCAUUCUCCUGGGACAGCUUCAACACUACAGCCCACCAGGGUUUGCCAGACCGCUACAACUUCACUUUCAUCAGAAUGCAGCCUGCCCUCUUCAUGCCAUGAAGGGGGAAAGGAGGUUGGCAAAGUCUCACCACCUUGAAACUUGUUUUCUAUACUAAGAUUGGGCUCCGCUAUUCUAAUUAAUGUACCAUUUUGUAUGUAUUUGUCUGCCAAGAAUUACCAAGCAUCUGGUAUAUGAUAAAUCACCCUCAGGGGGAAAGGCUUUAAAAGUUUAAGCUUGAAAGAUUUCUUGUUUAAUGUAGUUAUUUUUCAUUAACCUACCAACUUUUGUCCUUGUUACGUUCGGUUUGUCUUUUGAAUACAGAUCAAUUACCAAAAUCAUGUUGUCUAUGGCAGAUUGUUUAAAAAUAUAUUUUGUAUAAAAAAAUUGAAAAAAAUUAAAUGAAUAUAUUAUAAAACGACUUGCCAUAAUAAUGCACUAAAUUAAAUAUCUAUGCAAUACUCAGUGACUGUAGCUACUGUAGCUCAGUGCAAUUCCUCUGAUUACGUAGCUAGCUAACCGCUAGCAACAGUAACUAUUAUAUACUGUCUAGUGGGAUUUACAGUCUACUGUCUAGCUUGCUAGACUGAAAAAUAUAUUAUUCCCAAACAUAUUGGCAUCUUAAGAUUCGCAUAAAGCCCAGGUAGCUAACAUACUUUAGAUGGUCUGAGCUGUUUUGGUAAAACCAUUUAGCUAGAUAUUUUUGUGGGCAAAUAAAGGGGUAGCCCAAUACUUUCAAAUCUUGAUUACAGUGAGUGGUGCUAUAUUGAUCGAAUACAGUUUUUUUCUGGUUUCAUUUAUGACAAUUAAGUACUGUACAUUUAUAAAUACUUUUUUCAUCCCGUCAACUCUAUAUUCACAACAGUGCCCUUUAGUAGUUUGUAAUACUGGUCAUAUAAGACAAUAAAGAUAUGAUCAAAAUUAUAACACAUUUCAAAUGCAGCAAUCAAAUGAUACAGUUUAAAAAUGUUGUAUGUUUUACUUUAUACCCGUGAUUUUUCUUGUUAACACAAUCACCUAGCGGGGUUAAUAGUUUACCGACCUCAUUUACCACUUAACAUUUUGCACUGAUUUCUACGUGUGCUGUCUCAUAAAUGUCUUUUUCUUUUUUUUAUCACUGUGAAUAAAUAAAACCUGUAUUUUUC